ACAUUCGCUUGAAUCCACAUUCGCUUCAUUCGCUUAAAUCCACAUUCGCUUCACCCCGUCAUUGCAUUCAUCACUCCGCCGCAUGUCAGUGGCCUGUCCAGCAGAGAGCAGGAGCAGGGUCCCUUGCUAUAGUCCAGUGGGGUGGCCUGUCAACCUUAAAUUCCCGAAACCCUUAGUCAAAACGGCCUUUGUCUAGGUGCAGGGUCCCUUGCUAUAGUCCAGUGGGGUGUCCUCUGUUGUAGCGUCCUGAGUCGUCUCCCAAAAUCAACCGAUUCCUCGUUGAAUCAAUCAGCCACCCCCUCCUCGCCUCUGCUGGAUGGCAUGCGCAUGCCGAGUGCAGGGGCGAAGGGAGAGCCAAGGCGGGCAGCAAGGGGGCGGGCAGCAGAGGAGCAGCACCGUCGCUCAUGGUUGGUGAGGUUGCAGUAUCACUCCACGCCUCCACACACCACAAGAGCCUUCCCCCCAGGUUCAGGUUCAGGUUCAGGUUCAGGUUCAGGUGUUUUUUUUUGGUACUGGCUCGAGUGGUGCUGUGGCUGGCAUCAUAUGCACCAUCCAUUCUGCACUCGCACAGCUUUCGAACGUUCUUUUCAAUUCGAUUCGUGUUUUUUUAUUUUUAAAAUCUUUGCCACUCAUUCCCCUUCCCUCCCUCCCCUCCCUCCCCUCUCUCCCCUCCCUCCCCUCGAUGGCUCCCUGGUGGUCGUGCAGGCAUGCACAGCGGAAGGCUGGGAGGAAGGCUGCCACGAGGGGAACUCCCAGGGAGAGUAUCGGGGUGGGGCCGGCGCCUCAAGGUAGGCCCCUCGCCUGCACUUGCCUGCUCCCCUCUCGUUCUGCUCUGCCUGGCUGGGAGGAAGGCUCAUCUGGUGCUGCCUUGUGGCGCUCAUGCUUCCAAGCCGCCUGUCGUUCCUUAGCAUCAUGAUGGCUUCACUUCCCCUUGGCUGGGCCACGGCUUGCUCUCACUCGCAUUCUGUCUGCAUCCCCCUUCCUGCCCCUCUCCAGGCGAACUGCGGCAGCAGCUGGAUGCAGGGAGCAGCAGGCGGGGAGCAGCAGCAGCAGGCGGGGAGCAGCAGCAGCAGGAAGGGCAGCAGCCGUGCUUCAACUUUCCAGCUAAGUACUUUCUCCCUGAGACCUUCCCUUUUCUGCUGCUCACUGCUCACUAUUCCGCUUUCCUUGCUUUUCCUGUGCCUUGAUGCUUCCUGUAUUACAAAUUUGCCACUGGUUGGGGCCUCGUUCACAAGCCACAGACCCCCCUCUGCUGCUGGUAAACCCCCCCAGGUUAAGCCCCCCUAAAACCUUACAGCCCCCCCCAGGUUCACCCCCUACUGCAGGUUCAGCCCUCAGGUCCCCCUGGGGGUCUGUGGCUUGUGGGUAAGCCUCCACCAGUGGCCCCUCCCCCCUCCCUUCGCUUCAGCCUAGAUACUAUCUCUGUGCACUGACCAGCUCUGCUUGUGUGCCUUGCAGGUGGAGGGUAGGGGCGUGGGGGUCAGCACCGGCACUCUCCCACGCCCCUCCCCUGUGAAGGUCGAGGUGAGGGUCGCCCCUCCCCUGUGGGCGUGGGGGUCAACACCGGCACUCUCCCACGCCCCUCCCCUGUGGCUGGGCGGCAUGGCAGCCCGCAGGGAUGGGAGGAAGGCACCACUGCACCAGGCUGAAACUGCCACCCCAACGGAGAGUAUGGGGGCUGGGCUUGGCUUCUCAAGGUGCGCUGAUUCCCCCUCUGGAGUUAAUUUAAUGCUCUCUAUUAUUCCUGUUCCCGUUUUUUCAGAUGCACUUCGUUUCUGAUUCUCUCAACUGCACCAGUCCCAACCUUGUCGUCUCACCAGUUCCCCCUCCCCUCCUCUCCUGUCUCCCCCCCCCUUCUGCCCCCCUCUAGGUCGCCUGGCAUCAGGUGAAGACUGCAGCAGAGCAGCGGAGCAGCAGACCGGCAGCAGCAGUUGCAGCAGCAGAAGCGGCAGCAGCUGAAGCAGUGGCAGCAGUGGGGGCUGGGGGGCUGCAGGGCAGGCUAGGCUAGGUCGAGUUGUGAGCGAGGUGUGGUAAGAGGUAAGGUAUGGUACCAGGUGAGGUGUGGUGAUCUGACCCCGUCCCCUUUUUUUUUCGUCAUCCCCUCCUGCAGCUUGAAGAUUGGAGCACUGGAGCAAGGGAGAGCUGGAGAGUGGAGCGCACCCCCUCACUCACCUCCUCCCCUCCCCUCUCCCUGUUCCCCCCUCCCUCCCUCCCCGCUUCCCAGUAUUCCUGGAUCGGAGCACUGGAGCAAGGGCAGGAGAGUGGAGCGCACCCUCUCACUCACCCCCUCCCCUCCCUACCCAGCAGCACCAUGCCUUGAGGAGAGUGGAG